ACCUCGGGCCUGGAUUUCAAAGCGUCCGAAGAAGUCGCAUGCUCACAACUUGACCUUUCUACCAAUAGCACGAGUCUCAAACAACAUCACAUUUGAUUUUGCAACGUCCAACAUGACUGUCCCGUCGUUUGAAACCAUCUUCGCGGUGCCUAUGACCUGCCAGUCGUGCAUCAACGACAUUGAAGGUUCUCUCCAGCAAUUGAGUGGUGUCAACAAGAUCACUGCCAACCUCAAAGAUCAAUUGGUAUCUGUCGAGGGCACAGCAGCGCCAUCGGCCAUUGUUGAAGCUAUCCAAGCAACUGGCCGUGAUGCAAUUCUAAGAGGAUCUGGAAGAUCAGACAGCGCCGCAGUAUGCAUCUUAGAAUCGCAUGCACCUGAUGUAGAGAACAAAGUUCGAGGAUUAGUGCGCAUGGUUGAGGUAGCUCCGAGUAUGACUAUCAUCGAUCUGAGCAUAAGGGGAUUGUCACCUGGAACGUACCAGGCUACUGUUCGCGAAUCUGGAGAUAUAUCCGACGGACCAGAAUCUACCGGCGCCAUCUGGGAGUAUCUCAAGGCCAAACAGGAAGACAAGCCGUGCCGGGGCAUCUUUGGAACUGUUCAGGUCGGAAAGGGUGGAGUCGGAUCUGUGUUCCUGGACAAGCCCAUCCACAUCUGGGAGAUGAUCGGACGUAGCAUCGUGGUUGCGCGAGAGCAAGACGGCAAGUUUGAUAAGAACGAUCCGGACACGCUAGUGGGUGUCAUCGCACGUAGCGCUGGUGUAUGGGACAACGACAAGACGGUCUGUUCAUGUUCUGGCAAGACGGUCUGGCAGGAGAGAGAAGAACAGCGCGAUCGCGGUAUGCUAUGAGUUCAAAAGACACCAAGAUAGACCAAGUAACAAAGUGCCGUCGAAAUGCCGUGUUGGUUUGGUGACGAGAGAUAAGGCUUGCACCUUGAAAUCUAGGCCGAAACUAAGACUGCGCGAACACGGACUUUUUGAGGCCUGGAAUCGUCAUGCGUUCAUGCCUGAAAACGCCAGGCGACAGGAUGAGUGGCUGCGAAGAGGAA